GUCAGUGCGCGGCGUAGAAUAACGAGUGCUCCGUGCACCACGCGACUGGAGGUCGUGCUCGAUGGCUCUGUCAUGACGCGGGAUGCUCUGUCAGCCAUGCGAAGAUGCGCCACGAAGCCGCAUACUGACGCACGCCUCGGCUGCCACCAACGCUACCUACCGUCGCGCAGGAGAGCGGCGCAUCUCACUCUCCUGCACUGACAAGCAAAACUAUCUACAAUGACAGGUCUCACCGCACUCAUCCUCGGCGCCACUGGCGCCACAGGCAAGGUUCUCCUCCAGGAGCUGCUCGCGUCGCCCCAGUAUUCGAGCGUGUCCGAGUAUGGCAGGCGCGUCACGGCCCCGGAGAAGAUCACCGCGGGCAAUGACAAGCUCGAGCAGAGGACGAUCGACUUCGAGAAGCUCGAGGACGCGGGGCUGAAGGACAGGAAGUGGGACGUCAUCUUCAUAACGCUUGGGACGACCCGCAAGGCCGCAGGCAGCUUGGAGGCGUUCGAGAAGAUCGACCGAGAAUACGUCGUGAACGCCGCCCGCCUGGCCAAGUCGGACGACCCUGCCCAGAAACAACGCCUCAUCUACCUCUCGAGCGGGGGCGCCAACCCCGACUCGUACUUUCCCUACAUGAGGAGCAAGGGCCUGACUGAACUGGCUCUCGCGGAUCUGGGGUACAACGACACGAUCGUCUUCCGGCCGGGAGCGCUUGGUGACGCGGAGCGUCCGACCCACAGGGUCGUCGAGACAGUCAGUUUCCCUGUAAUCAAGGCGAUGUCGAGGUUCAUCCCCAGCCUGUACAUGCCGGUACCGAAGCUUGCGAAGGCGCUGCGUGCCGUUGGCGAGAAGGGCACGGAAGGCAUCCCGGCGGAACGCGUGCAGAAGAUGGGCGCGGAGAAGGCACCGUGGAGCCUCCUCGACAACAACAGCAUCCUCGCCAUCGCCGACGCCUUCAACUAA